AUGUCCGAAGAGCUGGAUUUCCUCGUGCGCCUCCCGGAUCACCCCAACAUCCUCCAAACUCGGAUCGAAAAUCGACCUCUUCAUCUUACCCACAACAAGCCGCACUUUGAAUCCGGCAAGAUUUCAUUCGGUGGUCCAAUGUAUUCCUCCCAACCGGAGAGCCUUGAAGAUGGCAUGUCCAAAAUCACAGGAAGCAUUCAUCUCUGCAAGGCCGGCACAGAGGAAGAGGUGUGGGAAAUGAUUCGCAACGAUCCCUACGCCAAGCUAGGGGUGUGGGAUUUGGAAAAAGCUGUCGUGACACCAAUGAAAGUUUUUGUUAGCAAGGCUUUGUGA